UAUAAUUUCAAAUUCAAAUUUGUUUUUGAACGUGAACUUUUAUGAUUUUGUGAAUAUAAAACCAAUCAUAAUAUGAUAUAAUCUACCUAUAUUAUAAAUUAACAAUUAAAAAAUAUUUGUUUAUUCAAUUUUUAUAAAAACUAUGGUUGAUGUCAAUGAAGGGACACUUUUUGUGGUGGACGAAGUUAGUGACAUUAUUAAGGAAUCAAUUGAACAUUCAAUUGGCAGUCAAUUAUACCAACAAAAUAUGGUAAAUAAAUGGACAGAUUCUGUGGUUGAAAACUGUCUUACGAAACUUUCUAAAUUGGCUAAACCUUUUAAAUAUAUAGUAACAUGUGCUAUCAUGCAAAAAAUUGGAGCUGGUCUUCAUUCAGCAAGUUCGUGUUUUUGGGAUAAUUCAACAGAUGGUAGUUGUACAGUUAGAUGGGAAAACAAAACUAUAUAUGUUAUUGUAACUGUUUUUGGCCUAGCUAUAUGAAUAUAGUAAAAUACAAUUUUGUACAAGUCUAGAAAUAUAUUUAUAUCAUUAAGUAUUAGAAUAUCUUUUUUUAAUGUAUUUUGCAUGAAACAAGAAAAUAAUUUUCAUAUUUUUGGUUUUGCUAUUACCAACAGAUAACAGUAGAAUUAUUUUUGAUUUUUUGCAAUUCAUCUUUAUUAGAAUACUAAUUUAGAUUUAAUUUAUGUAUUGUAAAAAUUGAUAUUGGUUGUUUCAACAUUAAUAGUUACUUAAAUAACAAUGCAUCAAUAAAAAUUGUUAUUUAUAGCAUUUAAAUAUUUUGUACUUUAAUUUUAAAAUGUAUUUUAUGUCAACGAUCAUGUAAAAUGUAAUAUAUCAUUAUUGUUCUGGUAAAUUGAUUGCAAUUUACGUUAAACUAAGAAUACAUUUUGUAUUAUAUUAUAUUUUAUAUUUACAAUA